UCCAGCUGUCAAUUUCGGCGCCGCCGGUGGUAAAUUUUCGCGAACGUGGAAUUAUUUUUAUCAGUUUUCUUCAGUUAGUUAAUUCUGCCUGCAAAGCGGGAUGAAGACGAUACGGUGGAAUAAUUUAGACGAAGAAUUUCGGAUUAUUUGGUGAGUUAAUUGCUCUGAAAGUGCACUUUGAUCGCGAUGCUUGCCAUUCGAUUGGCGUUCGCCGCAAAACACCGGCCUACUGUGCCCUGCCUGCGACGAGGUGUUGCAUCCAAAGCAGUGCCUACUGGUGCGCACCGGAAAUGGAGCGCGGGAAAGGUUCUACUGGGAACGACCGGAAGUCUACUUCUGGGCGCAAUUGCAUACGAUGGGGCUGUGAACGAGUUUGAAACUGUUUACGGCGCGGAACGCUUCCUGCGAUCUUUCGGGAUUGGGGUCAGCAUAUCGGUGGAUUAUAGCUGGAGCCUGUGGGGAUUAGAGGAAAGCGAUCCCAACUAUGAAGAGGUCAUAUCCGGAGUUCAUCAACGCGCGGCGGACAGAAUUCUGAAUGGGUGUCUCACCAACGGAGGGUUGUACAUCAAGAUGGGCCAAGGAGUGGCCGCCAUGAAUCACAUCAUCCCCAAGGAGUACAUCCGGACGCUGAAGAAGCUUGAGGACCAAUGCCUGCCCCGAAAGCCCGGCGAGGUGAGGAAGCUGUUCGAGCAGGACUUCGGCAAACCACCGGAAGAAGUGUUCCAGACGUUCGACUACGAACCGAUCGCGGCGGCCAGUUUGGCACAGGUCUUUCGAGGAACCACCAAGGAAGGCCAACAGGUGGCCAUCAAAGUCCAGUAUGCGGACUUGAGGAAGCGCUUCAACGCCGAUUUGAGGACGAUUCUCUUUCUUCAGGAUAUGAUUGCUCUGAUACACAAGAGCUACAACUUCGGAUGGAUCGUGCGGGAUCUCCAAGGAACGCUGCGAGAAGAGCUGGACUUCAUCCACGAGGGACGGAACGCGGAACGCUGCGCCGAAGAUCUGCGGAAGCAUGACUCCGUCUAUGUGCCGAAGGUGCUGUGGGAUUAUACUAAUCAGCGCGUACUCACGGCGGAAUUCAUCGACGGUUGCAAAAUCAACGACACCGACAGGCUCAAGCACCUCAAAAUCAACCUCGCAAAGCUGGACGUCGCCCUGUUUCGAGCAUUCGCCGAUCAAAUCUUCCGAACGGGUUUCGUCCACGCCGAUCCCCAUCCAGGAAACGUCUUCGUGCGGAAAGACCCCGCUUCCGGACGACCCCAGUUGGUCCUGCUGGAUCACGGUCUGUACGGGAAUCUAACUCCGGAGGUCCGGUCCAACCUGUGCCGCUUUUGGGAGGCUAUCGUCCUCAAGGACCACUCCGAAAUGGCGAAAUUCGCCCGGGCGCUGAACGUCCAAGACUAUCGGACUUUUGCAGAAAUUUUACUGCAACGGCCUCUGGAGCUGAAGGGGUCCAAACUGACGACGCGACUGUCGGAAGAGGACCUGGCCUACAUGACGCUCCAGGCCAAGGAACACUUCGACAAGGUGAUGCAAACGCUGCGCAGUAUGCCACGAAAUCUUAUUUUUGUGUUGCGGAAUUUAAACACGAUUCGGGCGAUCGCGCGGGAGCAUGGGGAUCCGGUGGAUCGACCAAAGGUCAUGGCCCGGUGUGCUUUGGCCGCGCUGAGACAGUACAGCGUGGGGUUUAGAGGCUAUUUCCGAUCGAUUUUUCGGAGGAUCAACUUCGAGUAUCAGCUGUGGAAAUUCUCCUUCCAAUUUUGGCUAGUGAGUUCGUAUUUGAGGCUGUUGACCCGACUAGGGCGAUCGCCCGACACGGCGCAUCUUCUGGACGUGCAGGUGGAUGUGUAGGACACAACUAUAGACACUUUUUUAUAGAACUGAUGACUGUACCAAAUUUCAGCGUUUUUAAAGACUUAAAGUUUAGAAUAAAUGAUAUAUUAAGACGCUUAA